AUUUAAAUUUAAACAUAAAAAUUGCAGCAGAGAAAAUAGUUUGAAGACGAGAAGGGUAGUAAUCUCUCUUUCUCCCUUUUAUCAUCACACGCAGCUGCAUAAACCCCAUUUCUCACCUCUUUUUCUCCUUUCAUCAUCCCUCAAUAAGAACAUAUAUACGCACCAAUAUACACACAGAGACGAAGGAAUAAACUUACUUCUCAAUUAAUUGAAAAAAAAGAAAAAAAGAGGAUGAAAAACAGCCACAGCCCCCAUCAUCAGAACCUAUCGUCCGAUGUCGAAACGGCGGUUCCUUCAUCAUCAGCCGAGCAAUCUCAGCCGUCGUCCGUUGCCCCACCUUCGAUGACUUCAUCACCUGCCACGUCAUCAUCGGAGAAACCAACGGCGCCGGCGGAGGACGUAGCUGCUACACGCGACCCUACCUCCGUCGCCUCGGCGGCGGAGUUUGUGACAGUUGAACGGCGGAGCGAAUAUGGCGCCGUUUGCAAAUGGGCGAUAGCGAAUUUUACAAGAGUAAAGGCGAGGGCGUUAUGGAGCAAGUACUUUGAAGUCGGCGGUUUCGAUUGCCGUUUGCUAGUUUACCCAAAAGGUGACUCACAGGCAUUGCCAGGUUAUAUCUCUGUAUACCUUCAAAUUAUGGACCCUCGCAAUACGACGUCGUCUAAGUGGGACUGUUUUGCCAGUUACCGUCUUGCCAUUGAGAACCCUAGGGAUUCCUCAAAGUCCAUUCAUCGUGAUUCGUGGCAUCGUUUCUCUUCCAAAAAGAAAUCUCAUGGCUGGUGUGAUUUCACUCCUUCAAAUUCCAUAUUAGACCCUAAAUUAGGGUUUUUAUUCAACAAUGAUUGCAUUCUUGUCACUGCAGAUAUACUUAUACUUAAUGAAUCUGUUAGCUUUUCGCGCGAUAACAACAAUGAAUUGCAGUCGAACUCUGUAUCGAAUGUAGUGGUUACUGGUUCCUCUGGGGAUGUUCUGAGUGGGAAAUUUACUUGGAAGGUUCAUAAUUUUAGCUUGUUUAAAGAAAUGAUAAAGACUCAGAAAAUUAUGAGCCCGAUUUUUCCAGCUGGGGAAUGUAAUUUGAGGAUUAGUGUGUAUCAGAGCGCGGUAAAUGGGGUUGAGUAUUUGUCGAUGUGUUUAGAGAGUAAGGACACUGAGAAGACAUUGAUUUCGGAUAGAAGUUGUUGGUGCUUGUUUAGAAUGUCAGUGUUAAAUCAGAAGGCGGGUUUCAAUCAUAUGCAUCGGGAUUCUUAUGGAAGGUUUGCUGCUGAUAAUAAGAGCGGGGAUAAUACGAGCUUGGGAUGGAAUGAUUAUAUGAAAAUAGUUGAUUUUAUGGGUACGGAUUCAGGGUUCUUGGUAGAUGACACUGCUGUUUUUAGCACUUCGUUCCAUGUUAUUAAAGAGCUUAGUAGCUUUUCAAAGAAUGGUGGACUGAUUGGGCUGCGUAAUGGGAGUGGUUCCAGGAAAUCUGAUGGUCACAUGGGGAAGUUUACAUGGAGGAUUGAGAACUUUACAAGAUUGAAGGAUAUUUUAAAGAAAAGGAAGAUUACGGGGCUUUGCAUAAAGAGCAGGAGGUUUCAGAUUGGAAACCGGGAUUGUCGGCUGAUUGUUUAUCCCAGAGGGCAGUCUCAGCCACCAUGCCACCUUUCAGUGUUUCUUGAAGUUACGGAUUCAAGGAAUAGUAACAGUGACUGGAGUUGUUUUGUGAGCCAUCGUUUGUCUGUUGUGAACCAAAAAAUGGAGGAGAAGUCAGUAACCAAGGAAUCUCAGAACCGGUACUCUAAAGCUGCAAAGGACUGGGGUUGGCGUGAAUUUGUGACACUCACUAGUCUCUUUGAUCAAGAUUCUGGAUUUCUCGUUCAGGAUAUGGUUGUAUUUUCCGCAGAAGUUCUUAUCUUGAAGGAGUCAUCCAUCAUUGAAGAAUUGAUAGAUGAGGACAUUGACCAACCAAAGGCUGGUUCUCAGCUGGAUAAAGCAGGGAAAAAAAGCUCUUUUACGUGGAAGGUGGAGAACUUUUUUUUCUUCAAGGAGAUAAUGGAAACACGGAAAAUAUUUAGCAAAUAUUUUCAAGCAGGUGGAUGUGAGCUUCGUAUUGGUGUAUAUGAAUCUUUUGACACUAUAUGUAUAUAUUUGGAGAGUGAUCAGUCUAUUGGCAGUGACCCGGAGAAGAAUUUUUGGGUUAAAUACAGGAUGGCUAUUCUUAACCAGAAAUGUCAGUCUAAAACUGUAUGGAAGGAAUCUUCCAUUUGCACUAAAACUUGGAAUAAUUCUGUUCUUCAAUUUAUGAAGGUAUCAGAUAUGAUGGAAUCAGAUGCUGGGUUCCUUGUACGUGAUACAGUUGUCUUUGUUUGUGAAAUUUUGGACUGCUGCCCUUGGUUUGACUUUGCUGACCUGGAGGUUAGUGAUCAAUCUUUUAUCUAAAUGGGCGUUUGUUGU